GACAAAUUCAGACUCAUCUUUACUUGGUUCUCGAUAGAAACUCGAAGUCGAAAUAAGAUCUAUCUGCUGAAAUAAGUAACACUACGGAAUCCAACUUUCCACGAAAAUCGAAUUCAAAACAGAUCCCUCUGGUGAACAAAGUUGAAUUCCGAAAUCCAAACCCGAUAUGUUGAAAACCGAUCCUUUGAUGAAACUGUGUUCGAAACAGAUACGAGAUCGCAAAUGCAAAAUACGCCAGAAGAAAAGAUCACAGACAUGUUGUUGCUCGUGGAUAAAUGAGAUUCGUGCUCAAAGACUCCUUUCAGCUUUUCCCACUCUUUUUUCUUUCGCCUCAUAACUCUAGUAGAAACCAUCUGAACUACAUGACGCAGGGCUCCUGAAUUGGUCUCACGCUUUUCUUCUACCCUGACCCUUAAAAAAGUUCUCUACAUCAAAGAAAUCUUGAUCUUCUAAGUUUCAUUUUGUCUAGUGAGUGUUGAAAAAUGUAGCACCGUUCGCAAACCCAAUUUUCCCUAGCGAUAACCUUAGUUUCCCUAGCGAUUCUGUAGACCUAAGAAUUGUUUCUUUCGAUUUGUAAUUUGAAAAUGGGCGACCGUAUUAAGCAUUUGGCUUGUGUCCGUAAGGUGGCAGCUGAGAUCAAGUCCCAUUGGGGAUUCGACGACAAAGAUCUCGCUGAGUUCAUCAUCGAUUUGGCGCAAAACGAAUCUGCUAAUGUCGAUGACUUCCAAGAACAGUUGGCGGAAAAUGGCGCAGAAGCCACUGACACCUUUGCUGCGCACUUGUAUGAACUGAUCUUGAAGAUGGCCCCUGCGAAGAAAGUUGUAGGUGGAUCAGGUGGUGGAGGAUCAACAGGAUCUGGCGGUGGUCCUGGAGGUACUAGCGGAAAGAAUGUAGUAGUCGGUACUGGCGCAUCUUCGUCUUCCAGUUCCUCUUCCGCCAAGUCUGGCUCUACCACACACGAACGUGUCGGUGGCAUCUCUGGGAUUCGUGCACCUCGAAAUCAGACAGAAGCGCAAUUUGUUGGUCUCAGAAUGCCUGACGUAGCUCCUGAGGACAAAGCGGAGGUCUACGUGGAAGCAGGCUUCGUUGGUCGAACAGAGCGCGACAAAGGCGAUGUCGGUGAAAAAGCGUGGGAUCUGUUGGAAGGCGAGAUGACUGCGCAUGAAAGGAAAAAGGGAGCGAAGAAGGGGGAUAAAGGUACUUUUUAUAUGCUCAAUACUCACAAGAACCACAACGUGAUUUGGGUGUCUGAUAUACACGACUGUGCAAAAAACCACAUUUUCUUUUUCUCUCUCAUGCUGAUCAAGUCGUGUGCCCAUCCUCACGACUCACACCAAAAAAGCACAUAUUCACCACAGGUAAAGGAAAAUCUGGUUCCAACGCCAAUGCUAUACCUCUUGGCGGCAAAGGCGGACGUGGACGUAGCCGAUCCCGCUCCCCACCUCGUGAUUACCGCAAUAUGCCUCCUGAAGAACAGGAAAAAAUCCGCCAAGACGCUCUUCGCCGCAUGAAACGACGGAAACUGGAGAAGUGGGGCAUCUACGCUGGUGAGGUCCAAAAAGUCAUGGACUACGGUGCUUUUGUGAGCAUUGAAACGACUGAAGGACGUAAAGAGGGUUUGUGUCAUGCACAGUAUUUGACCAAAACGGAAGACGCGGCCGGCGGAUCGAGGCCGGAUCAAUUGGUAAAGAGAAAACAGGAGAUUUUCGUGAAGAUCGUAGGCAUGACGGGGUCGAAAAUCUCCUUGUCGAUGUUGGAAGUAGACCAAAUUUCUGGAGAAGACCUUAAACCGAGGGAUCCUGAAACAGGACUCCCGAUAAACAGCAGAGCAAACGCUGGAGGCGGUACUGGUACUGGUGGUGGUAGUGUUUUUGGUGGGCCUGGCGGAGGUCCAGGUCAAAAUAAGCCUGCUUCUAAAAACCGCUCUCAUGGUGAGCACACUGGCGUGAAUCUGAACAUUCCGGAUACGCUUGGUGGCAAGUACAAGGACCGAAACAAGAAGAAGAUGAACGACUAUGAAAAAUGGGAGAAUCAACAGCUGUACAUGUCUGGCGUGAUCAAGCGCACAGAGCGCAUGGACUACGAUCCUAGAGGGGAUGGAGGCUUCCUAGUAGAUGAGGAGAUCGAAGAGGAUUACGAAGUGGAUGUCAAGGAACAAGAGCCGGCAUUUUUGCUGAACCAAACGACGAAGAGUGGAGCGCAACUGAGUCCGAUUAAGCUAGUGAAAAACCCAGAGGGAAGCUUAGCACAAGCAGCGAGUAAUGCGGCGGCAGCGGUACUUGAUAUAAGUAUCUAUGCGCUUAUUUUUGUUGUGUUUCGCUAGCUUCUCUAUUCUUUACACUUGUUGUUUUCCCAAACUUUCACAACUCGCCUAUGUCGCGAUAAUGUUGAGUAUUUAGAAAAUAUACAACUUCAGUAAAGCCUGCUCCACCUCCGACGACGUGUCUUGACCUAUUUAAAAAAAACAGAUCAAAGAGACCCGACAAGCCCGUGAUGCCAUGCAGCAGGAGGCGUUGGAUAAUAUUCCUAAGGACAUGAACAAGCCGUGGGAAGAUCCUAAGCCUGAUCCCGGUAGCCGUGCUCUAGUCGCUCAAAUCCGCGGUCUAACCGACAGUGGCUACGAACUCCCCGAGUGGAAAAAGCUCUACCAGAAAAACGCUGGCGUCUCCCUAGGUCAGAAGAGCAAUAAGAGCAUUAAAGAGCAACGAGAGGGUUUGCCGAUCUUCAAAUUGCGGGAGCCGUUGCUGGAGGCGAUUAUUGGUAAUCAAGUUUUAGUGGUCAUUGGCGAGACAGGGAGUGGGAAAACGACGCAGAUCACGCAGUACUGUGCAGAAGCAGGAUUCACGUCGAAGGGGAUCAUCGGCUGUACUCAGCCAAGACGAGUGGCAGCUAUGAGCGUGGCGAAGCGCGUGGCGGAAGAAUUUGGGUGCCGUCUUGGGCAAGAAGUGGGUUACAGUAUCCGUUUCGAAGAUCAAACGUCAAGGGACACGGUCAUAAAAUACAUGACGGAUGGUAUGUUGAUGCGUGAGAUGCUGGUCGACCCGGAUUUGAAACGCUAUUCGAUGGUCAUGCUCGACGAGGCGCACGAACGCACCAUGACAACCGACGUGCUUUUCUGCCUGCUGAAAAAAGCCUGCAAGCGACGACCUGACUUCAAGUUGAUUGUAACCUCCGCAACCCUCGAUGCUGAAAAGUUUUCGUCCUACUUCUUCAACUCUAAGAUUUUCACUAUUCCUGGACGAACUCACCCGGUGGAGAUUAACUACUCCCUAGAACCGUGUGAAGAUAGUUACGUGGACACAGCCUUGAUGUGCAUCAUGGAGAUUCAUCUGCGAGAACCAGCUGGAGACAUCUUGCUCUUCCUAACCGGUCAGGAGGAGAUCGACACUGCGGCUCAGAUUCUGCAUGAGCGAAUGAAGGCAUUGGAGAGCAACAAUCCGCCACCAUUAAUUAUCUUGCCCGUUUACUCCGCUUUACCCUCUGAGAUGCAGAGCAUGAUUUUCGAACCGGCGCCUGCUGGCUGUCGUAAGGUUGUAAUCGCCACGAACAUUGCCGAAGCGAGUCUGACGAUCGAUGGGAUCUACUACGUGGUCGAUCCGGGUAUGGCGAAACAGAAGUGCUACAAUGCGAAAAGUGGAAUGGAUAGUCUUCUAAUUGUCCCGAUUUCCCAAGCCAGUGCGAAACAGCGCGCAGGUCGUGCAGGACGAACGGGUCCAGGGAAGUGCUUUCGUUUGUACACCGAAGCCGCGUAUAAGAACGAGAUGUCGCCAAUGAACGUUCCGGAGAUCCAAAGGACGAAUCUGAGCAACGUUGUUCUGGUGCUCAAAGCGAUGGGCGUGAACGAUUUAUUAGGAUUCGAUUUCAUGGACCCGCCACCCAUCCAAACGUUGAUCAACAGUCUGGAGUCUUUGUGGACGUUGGGGGCUUUAGACAACGAAGGCAUGCUCACCCGUCUUGGUCGAAAAAUGGCAGACUUCCCCUUAGAACCGGCGAAGAGUAAAACUCUGCUUGUCGGCGUCGAUUUGGACUGCGCAGAUGAGAUCAUGACGAUCCUCGCGAUGUUGGAAGUCCAGAACGUCUUCUACAGGCCACGCGAGAAGCAAACGUUAGCGGAUCAAAAGAAGUCGCAGUUUCACCAAGCAGAGGGGGAUCACAUCACGUUGCUAGAAGUCUACAAAGCGUGGGCGCGGAACCGCUUCUCUAGUCCCUGGUGUUUCGAGAACUUCGUCCAAGUCCGAUCACUCAAGCGAGCUCAAGAGGUGCGCAAACAACUGAUCGGCAUUCUAGAUCGUUACCAGCUCGAGAUCAAGUCCUGUGGCGCAGACUACAACCGCCUACGAAAAACCAUCUGCGCUGGAUACUUCAACCACGCCUGCAAGCGCGAUCCGAAGGCUGAGGGGUACAAGACUCUGCUCGACAAUCAGACCGUCCAUGUUCAUCCCUCUAGUAGUCUGUACCAGAAAGCGCCAGAGUGGAUCGUCUACCACGAACUUGUUUUAACCACCAAGGAAUACCUAAGAGAAGUGUGCACGAUCGAACCGCAUUGGCUUCCGGAGUUGGCGCCGAACUUGUUCUCCAAGGCGGACGAAAACAGGAUCUCUAAGCGGAAGAUGUACGAGACGAUUGAGCCUCUGUACAACCGGUUCGAGGAGAAGAACAGCUGGCGUUUGUCGAGACGUCAGGGUUAAGCAAGAUGGCACGACCUGUGAAGGCGAUAUCAGGGUUAUUCAAGGAGACAGAUUGCGUAAGUAUCUUCUUUUGUCAAGGCAGUGUCCUCAGGGUUAUUCAAGGAGAUUGCGUAUCUUCGUUCGUCAAGGCGAUAUCAAGGUUGAGAAAGAAGACGCUGGCAUUUCUUGUGUCUAAGGACCUUACUUUUCAAGUCAGGGGUGGUGGUUCUUUGCCUGACUGGUGGCGACGCUUGGAAAAGCCUUAGUCAAUGGUUUGUUCCUCGUGUCGUAGCUAUAGAGGACGAUGAACAAGAUAUGAAAGAGGUUUCACCCAUCAAUCCCAAAUUUGACCUCUCUACACAAAGUGAUUUUUACCCCGUGAAAAACUAACCCCGAAUUUGAUUUCUAAUGUCCAUGCUGUACUGUGCUAGUUUUUUUUGGCAUUCAAGACAUCGAACUGUGAAUAAGGUCCUAC